UUUCACUAGUUCUCCUGCUCGCACGUUCUUUCUCGAUCAUAUGCCGGAAAUUUUCGCGAGUGCGAGUUUAUAAGUGCGUUUCAUUCUUGAGAAACAUGGCUCUCAUUUCUACAAGAGCAAUUUUCAAUCCCGUGCUGAGACAAACCCUCAGGCAGAUCAUCUUUACAAAGCAAUUGCCAAAAUGUCAACGUCGUUAUCAAUUGAAUAGUCGGGUGUUUCUUCCAACUGUUACCAGCCAGAGGUUCUAUGCGGAAAAGAAAGUAUUUACUCGUGACAAACCACAUUGCAAUGUAGGCACGAUUGGUCAUGUAGAUCAUGGCAAGACUACUCUAACAGCAGCUAUUACCAAAGUAUUAUCCGAAAAGGAAUUAGCAACAGCUAAGGGAUAUAACGAGAUCGACAAUGCUCCUGAAGAGAAAGCUCGAGGAAUUACCAUUAAUGUUGCACACAUUGAGUACCAGACAGAAAAUCGUCAUUAUGGACACACAGAUUGUCCGGGUCAUGCCGAUUACAUUAAAAACAUGAUCACUGGAACAGCGCAGAUGGAUGGCGCUAUAUUGGUUGUCGCCGCCACAGAUGGUACAAUGCCACAGACUAGAGAACAUUUGCUCCUUGCUAAACAAAUUGGUAUCAAAUACAUCAUUGUUUUUAUUAACAAGGUUGAUGCGGCUGAUUCGGAAAUGGUAGAGUUAGUAGAAAUGGAAAUACGAGAAUUGCUUUCUGAAAUGGGCUAUGAUGGCGAUAACGUCCCGAUAGUCAAGGGCAGCGCACUCUGCGCACUUGAAGGAAAGAAUCCCGAAAUUGGUGCGAAAGCCAUCCUAGAAUUGUUGGAAGUGGUAGACAAAAAUAUUCCGACUCCAGUAAGAGAGCUGGACAAGCCCUUCUUACUCCCGGUAGAGAACGUAUAUUCUAUUCCUGGGAGAGGUACUGUGGUAACUGGUAGAUUGGAACGUGGAAAAAUAAAAAAAGGAAUGGAAUGCGAGUUUAUUGGUUACAACAAAUCUAUGAAAAGUACAAUCACGGGUAUAGAAAUGUUCCAUCAGAUAUUGGACGAAGCUCAUGCUGGGGAUCAACUCGGUGCUCUAGUUCGAGGUUUAAAGAGAGACGACGUUAGAAGAGGCAUGGUAAUGUGCAAACCUGGCACUAUGAAGGCGUACGAUCAUAUAGAAGCGAAAGUAUAUGUAUUGAGCAAGGAGGAAGGUGGCAGGAAAAAACCUAUAGCGAAUUUGAUACAAUUACAAAUGUUUUGUAAAACGUGGGACAUCGCAGCGCAGUGUACUGUAAAGGAUAAAGAUAUGGCCAUGCCGGGAGAAGAUAGCACAUUGUUACUAAAGUUGAUAAGGCCGAUGGUAUUAGAGAAAGGACAGCGCUUUACAUUACGAGAUGGAACGCAAACUCUAGGAACUGGCGUAGUUACUAACACUCUUAAACCGCUUACCGAAACAGAGCGAAUAGCCCUUCUCGAAGGUAAGAAGGCAAUACAAAAGAAGGAGAAGCAACAACAAAAGCAGUAGACUCGAAAAAUAUUUGUUGUAAAAUGAAUCGUAAUCAUGUUAUACAAUAAAGCGAAAGAUGUGUCACACACAAGUCAGAUAGUCGGAUCUCGAUCAAUGGUCAAAACUCUCAAAUGAGCGUGUAUUCUUUUGAAAUAAAAGUUAAUUGAUAGGUGUGCAAGAUGUGACAACGGUAAAGAUUAUAAUGCUAAAUAUAUAAACUAAUUAUAUAUUUUAACAAGGCAUUUUUAUCACUUUAUUAGAGAUUAUGAACCUUAUAGUUUUAUUAGUUAACGAAGAAGGGUGACAGUAGUCUGUAUUCAAAUAUAUUGUAAACGUAUGUUUAUCAAAUGUAAUUCUCGCUUCUUUCUCAGUUUCCAUGCAUCUAUAUAAGAGACACAUUGUACGAGCAAGUAAAUUUUGAAUAAACUACAUUAAAUAAAACGUCA